AUGGCAGAGGUCGAGUUGGAGUGCGCGGUAUACGGCGAAGGGACUGUGUUUCCCGUGAAGAUAGCGAGCAAUGCGAAAGUGAGCGCGCUGCAGAAGGCCAUUGUGAACGAGAAGAAAGACGUCAAUGAUCGCUUCAAAGUUGAUCCUGCCAGGUUGACGCUCUACUUGGCGCGGAAGCAGGGGGAAGCCACGUGGAUGAACCACGACCACACGGUGAAAGGCUUCUUGCGAGGUGGCAUCAGCACCGAGUAUGAAGAGAUGCUUUCGUCGUGGAUUCUCGACGAAGAUUGCUUUGGGAAGAACUUUCAGCCUGGUCGCAAGGAGAUUCACGUGCUGGUGGAACUGCCACAAUUGUCGGAAGCUGAGCUGCCUCGAGAUCGUCAACUUGUUGUGGGCGACGUUCAUAUCCCAAUCACGCAAAGUAUGUCGUUGAAUCCGCCAGCACUGGUCGCAUUUUGGAACGCAUUUCUGAACGACAGUACCGACGUGAAAGCUGGCGCAUUGGUCGAGUUACCCCGAGACACGUAUCUUCUUGGUGAUUCGACACUCGGCUCUCGUAUCUACAUUCGUCAUUGCUACCCUGCGCUAUGGGAACUUUGUCUCGAGAGGAUCCACGAUGAAAAGACGAACACACCGCAUCUCGUGAUCCUCGGCAACCCGGGAAUCGGCAAGACGUUUUUCGGCUAUGUGAUCGUGCUUCAUCUUGUCCGUACUAAUGAAACGGUGGUAUAUGAGAGUGGUGGCCUCAAGAAGCGCUUUUUAUUUGCUCACAAUGUGGUGGCUCAAGGAUCUCAGGAAGAUUUUGUGCACAUUCUCGACCAGCCGACUACAUACUACAUCGUGGAUGCCGUCAAGCCUGCGUAUUACCCAGCGAAGACGAUUCUUUUGACGUCGCCGCGCCGCUCCAUCUGGUACGAGUUCAACAAGACCAAUUGCCGGUCCUGCUACAUGCCAGUGUGGUCUUUGAAGGAGAUUCUACAAUGUCGUAAGCUGAUGUACUCGGAUACACCUAUGGACGUCGUGCAGAAGUGCUUUCGUCGAUGGGGUGGUAUUGCUCGCUAUGUCUUGCGAUUUUCACAAGUUCGUAACCAGCAGUUGUUGCUUGAAAAAGCAAUGGACAUUGUUGAUCUCGACUGGUUGGUGAAAGCCUGUGGUCAACUUGAUGCGAACGACGCUCAAGUGUCGCAUCGAUUGCUGCACUAUCGCGUCAGCAAAGCUUUUGACAGCGAGUACAUCGUUUUUGCAUCGCAAUAUGUUCAGCAAGCGGUGUACAAUCGUGUUGUACAAGAAGGAUAA